AUUUCAUAACCUGACGAAACUUGAUAGCCGUAGCCUGAGCGGCCAGGCCUACGACUGCUCGCCUACCCUUUCAUAAAUAGCAAAUCCAGACACAAGCGUGUGCUUCGGGUCAUCUUCUCCUGUUCCUAACUCAUCUCAUUUGAUUUCCGUCUCUUUUUAGAUGUUUCAGUAUCCAGAACGUUUGAAUCUCUCUGUCAGGUAGUCUCAACUUCCAUCCAUUUCACUUUUCAUCGAAAUUCUUCUGUGAUCUGUUCAGUCUUCCUUUCUGAUAUUCAAACUUUAAUUUCUCUCGGAUUAUGAAUUGUAUUGGGCGAGUUUAGGUAUUGAAUUAGAGCUAAUUUUUCCAUUGGAGCUCAUUGGUUUUAAUUUUAAAGUGAGUAUUACCCAGAAAAAAAGUUGGGGUAGAAAAACUAUGGAUGGUAACAAAGAUGAAGCUUUGAGAUGUGUUCGAAUUGCUGAAGAAGCAAUUGCCUCAGGAAACAAAGACCGAGCAUUGAAAUUUAUUAGAAUCGCCCAACGUCUGAAUCAUAAUUUGUCUAUUGAUGAGCUUUUAGCUGCUUGUGAGAAGCUUGAUUCUUCUGGGUCCAGUCCAUCUUCUCUUGAUGAAAAUCGUGUUGUUGAUUAUGAUAAGAACAGGCCUACUCCCGUUAAAAUUGAUAAGGGUUUAAAUAGAGAGCGGAGUUAUACUGAAGAACAUGUGGAAUUGAUCAGCCAGAUCAAGAGGAAUAAGGAUUACUAUGCAAUUCUUGGGGUGGAAAAGACUUGUUCUGUUGAGGAAAUUAGGAAGGCUUACAGGAAAUUGUCAUUGAAAGUACACCCAGAUAAGAACAAGGCGCCAGGAUCUGAGGAAGCAUUCAAAAAAGUGUGCAAGGCGUUCAAGUGCUUGAGCGAUGAUAGUUCAAGGAGGCAGUAUGAUCAGACUGGUUUAGUUGAUGACUUUGAGUAUAGCCAGCAGAGCAACCUUAGGCGGACGAGGAGGAGGAGAACUGUGCAUGAGUUUUAUGAUGAUGAUUUUGAUCCAGAUGAGAUAUUCAGGUCAUUUUUUGGUCAGACUGACAUGUUUAGGGCUCAUCAUGUUUAUAGAAGCGGAGGAAAUAGUGGUAGACACCGGGAGGAGUUCAAUGGAGGAGGGACUAAUCUACAGCUACUGCUCCUGCAGAUUUUGCCUUUCUUGUUGAUUUUCGUGCUUGCUUACCUUCCGUUUGCAGAGCCUGAUUAUUCACUGCAUAGGAAUUACUACUAUCAAAUAACCAAGGCAACAGAGAAGCAUGGGUUGGAGUUCUUCGUCAAAUCAGCAGCUUUUGAUGACAAUUUUCCUAUUGGAAGUCCUGCAAGAGCCAACAUUGAGGACAACGUAAUUAGGGAUUAUAGAAACUUGCUUUGGCGUCAUUGUCACAUGGAACUCCAGAGACAUCAGUGGAACAAGAAUAUACCUACUCCUAACUGUGAUAAACUACGGAAUCUGGGAUUAACAUAAAGGUGGGGAAUGUGCUGGAGAUGGGAAAGCUACAUGUAAGUAUGUUGAUGAGCCCAGGCAGGAGUUCAUAGUUUGUGUAUGAACCAGAUGGUGUCAUUCAAGUCCCAUAUGUGUGAUGUGCAUUUGCCGCCUUCAUCAAGAGGCAUAUGCAAUGGUAGUCCAGGAUUGCAGCAACAAGUUCAACACCCCCGUCAUGCCACGAGCUCGUUUGAUACCCAAUAAAUAGGUUCGGUAUGCGAUUUGUAUAUGGCUUGUUUAAUGUAUGCCUUGGGGAAUUUUAUGAAUUAAAGGGAAACAAAGUGAUCAAUGAAGUUUUUCUUGGUUUGAAA